AUGGAGCAGGAAAGCAUUAAUUCUAUCAUGAAUAGGGGUACCCCCUUUCAGCACUGGAACAUUAUCAGCUCCGAUGGAAAUAUAGGAGGAACCAUGAGCAGCGGAGGAACACCUCCUAUUAGUUCUAGUGCCGGGUCUGUUAACGCCGGUGCUAGUAGUGGAUCUGCUGAUCCUGAAAAUGAGACCAUUGAUGAUAAAGCACCAUUGUGGAAAUUUGUGAAGAAGAUUCAAAAAAGGGCAGGUGGAGGAAGUUGGAGGUGGCAGUGCAAUUUUUGCAAAUUGCACUACAACGGGUCUUAUACUAGAGUUCGUGGUCAUUUGUUGAAAGAAGGAACAGCGGGGGUGGCAGUUUGCAACAAGGUUACUCCUCAUGCAUUUACUCAAAUGUCCAAGUUGGUGAGAGAAUGCAAGGAGAGACUAAUGAAUGCAGCUCCUAGACAAGUUCCUCUACCAUCAUCAGGACAGCAAGGGGGGAGUUCCGCCACAAGUAGCUAUGGGAUGAGUUAUCAUGCCUAUACACAAGCACAAACAGCAAGUGAUGGUGGAAAGAAGAGGAAAACAGCUGCUGGUUCAGUUGAAAAGGCCUUCCAAAACUCAGCUAGGGAGCAAUGCAAUAGUGAGGUUGCAAGGAUGUACUACAUCGGUGGCUUAUCUUUCAACCUAGCUAGAAAUCCACACUAUCGGAACUCCUACAUUCGUGCUUCUACCCUUCCAGGCUACAUUCCACCAGGCUACAAUGCUCUAAGGACCACACUUCUUGCAAAAGAAAGGAAAAAUAUUGAGAAUCAUUUAGAGCCAAUCAAGAUUACAUGGAAAGACAAAGGUGUGAGUCUUUGUAGUGAUGGUUGGUCUGAUGCACAAAGAAGACCAUUGAUUAAUGUGAUAGCCACUUGCGAGAGUGGUCCGAUGAUGUUGAGGGCUAUAAACUGUGAGGGGGAAUUCAAUGAUCAUGCAUUGAUUGCAAACUUGAUUAUAGAUUCCAUCAAGGAAGUGGGUUGGGAAAAUGUUGUGCAAGUGAUUACCGACAAUGCUCCUGUUUGUUCCAAGGUCGGUGCCUUGAUAACAAGUAAGUAUCCUACUAUUUUUUGGACACCAUGUGUAGUGCAUACUUUGAAUCUUGCUAUCAAGAAUAUUUGCACACCUUCAUUAGUUGCAAGCAAUGCGGAUGUGUUUGAUGCAUGUUGUUGGAUACAGCCAGUUUCUGAGGAUGUUAUGUUUAUCAAGAACUUUAUUAUGAAUCAUGGAAUGAGAUUAGUGAUGUUUAAUGACCAUUGCAAUUUGAAGUUGCUUUCGGUUUAG